GUACGAGUCUAGUUUUUAACAAGGCCGACGUGAAGCAAGUGAGUGUUUUCUUGCCUCUCACUCCCUCCCUCCCUCCCAUGAUUCCUAUUCCCAACACAAACACAACCAACAAAAGCCUCUUCCUUCCCCCUUUUCCAAUUACACAUUUUGAACGUCUUCAAUCACUGACCAAAUAUAUCAUCCAACGGAUAUCAAGAAUCUCCCAUCACCUUUGACUUGCUCAAUCCGUCGCCAUGGAACGAUCCGGACAUUUUUCCCCGCAAGCGCCGAGAAGAGCGCCGCCGGGAUCCACCAGCGUCCACGUGACGGCGCUGGACGGGCUGGUGAACGUGAACUCGCUGUUCACGAUCGCGGUCUUCGUGGGCCUGUCGCUCGCCGUGCCGGGGCAGAGGAGCCUGGAGGAGAGAUCGGCGUGCGACGCCGGGAUCGACGUGGUGAGGAAGCUUCUGGUCUUCGAAGUCGUCUCUUUCAGCUUCUUCCUCUUCUCCUCCCUGGUGGCGCAGGGCCUGAAGCUGGCGAUCAAUCUGCUCAACAGCAGAGACGCGGACGACGGGUUCAGGGCCCAUGUGAAUUCUAGGGUUUUGAGGGGAGGGAUGAUGGGCUCCGCCGCCGGAUCUGUGAUGGGCUGCCUGUUCCUGAUGCUCUCUAUGGUGGACGUGAUCCAGAUUCGCCUCGGGUUGCUGUCUUGCGGCAGCAGAUCGGCGGUGGGUGCUGUCGCGGCGCUGGUUGUUCUCGUCACCUCCGGCCUUCUUCUCUACGUCUCCACCGCCGUCUAUGCUUUUCUGCACUAAUUCAUUCAUUCGUUCCAACUUCCAAUUCCAUCCAGAACCAACUUGGAGAGCACAUCCCACUUGCACUUUUUGCGCACUUUGUCUCUUUUUUUUUCCUCUUGUUGUGAAAUCAUUAUUGCUAACAUUUAAAAACAUUUGAGAGAAAAACCAAAGACUCUUAGUAAUUAUUACUCCGUAUUUUAAUAAAUUGAUUGAAAUAAGUUAUAGCAAAAAAAGUUAGAAAUACUUAAAGAUGGAUAAAAAUUUCACCUGAACCUAAACCUAAGGGAAUGGUUUGGGACCAAAUAAGCUUGAUUAGAACCAUCGGGUUGGCAGGGUCUCUUAGGGUGAAUUAGAAACUUUCUAGAGUAUCAUAGUAGCAUUAGAAAUUGGAAUUCUGAUCACAUAACUCAUUGAGACAUUUCACCGAACAUGAGGUGAUUCCUCUUUGCCUAUGCGAGUCUUCAAACUGAAAAAGGAUGGGACCUUCCUCGGACCUUAGGGAACAUUUACAAAAAGGGUACAACAAUACAAUGAAACUAAAAAGAAGAAAAAAAACAGCGAGCACACUGCAAACUACCCAAACAUCUGCAAAAAACUUUUGUAGUUUUGGGGUGAGAAUUUCUCUCCAGACUCUAGAAAUUAAGCCACGGUAGAGCAUACCUGGGAAGAUGAUCAAAAGAGCAAAUUGACCCUGAAGACGUGAAAGGAAGCUAUGGAGGAGGUGCGGGGGAUGAUGAGAUGCGAUGCAAUAAGAAAAUCAGCUAUUGAGAUCCUGACUUUACAAAUAAAGCCACAAAAUUGUAGAGGAAGAUGAUCAGAAGAAUCGACCCUGAAGAUGCUAUCGAGGAGAUGCUGGGGAAGAUGAGAUUGAA